GUGGUUUUAUGUAUGGUGAGAGCCAGGAGGCUUGUGCGUGCAACAAUUCCCAGGCAUGUUGUCGGUCUACCGUCGCCCGCAACUCCACAUUCCCGACGCGUCGCCGUCCAGGCUCCAAUCGAUGGUGGUGAAGCAUGUAAUGUCUACAUCGCUUCGGCGUCACGAAUCUAUCGCCUCAAGGCCGACUUGCCGUGUUCUAGUGUCUUGGAAGGAAAAGAGGGCUUGCUCGUUCCUUCCGACUCUCGGAUUUUGGAAGCCGAGAAGCUAGAGCAUUGUCCACAUAGAGCUGAAGUUCAAUGCAUUGCACUGUCCAAUCCAUCGCAAGAGGCACUGCUAGCAUCUGUUGAUUCGUAUGGCCAUCUCAUGGUCUCAAAGCUUUCUAAAGGAACAUCCUACGCUGUAUCUCCUCCUGAUCCUGGAGCCGGCGAAGGCGGAUGGGCUGGAUGCGUCUUCUCUCCUCAUCAACCAUCGCUGAUAACUGUGGCACGAGGAUUUGCCAGGAGCAUCGACAUAUAUGACAGAGACGUACACGUACGCACCUUCCAUACGCUUCAGUGUCCAACAGCGCUAACAUUUCUUCAUGGAGCUUGCCCAUCGGUUUUAGCAAUCAGUGAGGGUCCACAGUUAAGUAUUUGGGACUUGAGAUGCGGGGAGCAAGGUGGAUGUGUGCAGCGUUUCCUGGGUUCCUUCACAGGCGAGAGCUUAUACUCUGUUUGUAGCUCUUGGGACAAUCUCCUAGGGGCCGCUGGAGCUGAUCGAGCAGUGACAAUAUUUGACACUCGAAGAUGGAUUCCAAGAGCGAGGUGGGUGAAUGCUCUCAAAUACGAGGUAACAGGCAUCGCUUUUUCUGCCACGAAGCAAAGCUAUGUGUUUGCUCAUGGUCUCGAUUACGAGGUUGCUGGAGGCGAAUGGAAUGAAGACGAUUUUGAAGGAACUAUCAAGCGAAGCUUUGGCUUUCGUGGAGAUUCACGCUGGCUUGGAAUGGACAAGUGUCUUGACAAAGAUUUUCUGGCUGGAUGGAGUGAAAAUGGAAGCAUUUUCAUAGCAGAUUUCGAGAAUUAAAAUGUACUCUCUUUUCAUCCUUGAUGAAUUUUACUUUAAAAUUAAUGCAUUU